AUUUUUCUCUCAACGGUACCCGAGCUGGCGCACGCGUAAAUUGAUGACCUGCGCGGAAAGAGUCACGUCACGCCUUCGCACGUUUGAAUACCGCAAAUUGAGUCAAAUUUGGACCAUUUCUUACCGAGUCAUCUAGCUCUGCUUCUGUCUCACGUUCUCUGCUGCCGCGCACAAUCACACACCCGGCUCUCUCUUUAUAAAACGGUCUUGAUCCUUCUUCCUGUUUCACCCAACACCACCACCAUCGCCACUACCUCCAUGGACAGAUUCCUCGCUCCUCAUUCACCUGAAGCCCUUGCCCAUGGCUAUCUCACCGAGCUUGGCUCCCCCUGGGACGCCGACCUCUCCCUCGACGAAGCUCUUGUCGCUGGAUGCGCAGCGUACCAAGCUCUAGACCGCUACCUCGGUGGCGCCGACAUCUUCAUCCUCCCACGUUCUAGGACAGAGCUCGACAAUGUUUUGCGCAGAUACUCCUAUGAUGCCAUCCACAACACUAUCGCCAAAAGUCGUUCUACUCUGCAACUCGGAGGUUAUAGCAGAGUAAGAUGAUCAUACCUUGCUUACCGGUGGAUGACGAUGAUGCUGACGCGAUAACGCAGGUGUGCAAUCUCGCCGAACAAUCCAUCCGUGACGUCCUAAACACCGGUAACAACGCCGAGAUCUUGUUGGCUCUUCAUUUGCCCCGUUCUGCAUCCAGGAUACACGAC